AUGGUCAAAAUUGGAGGUGGUGGCACCAUUUCCUCUGCUCAAGGGUCUCAAAUUUCCAGCUCACGGAACACAAUCGAUGAUUUAGACGAACACAAGACAGAAACUUCAACCCAGCGCAUUCACUACAGCGAAAAUGGCGCACAAAUCACUACCUUUCAUCGAAAAUCUCCAAAUGAAAGUAACGCAACACCGGCCGCAAUCGGCCAGGAGAGCUUUCAGUCAGAUUCGCAGGAUUAUCCCAAUUCCUGGAGAUUAGCCGCUAUUAUGAUCAGCGUGUGUCUCGCUGUGUUUAGUAUGGCAUUGGACAAUACCAUCUUAGCCACUGCGAUUCCCAAGAUCACAGAUCAAUUCACUUCGUUGGGAGAUGUAGGCUGGUAUGGGAGUGUUUACCCGCUGACGAAUUGCUGUCUUACGCUCGUCUUCGGCAAACUUUAUACAUUCUAUUCCACCAAAUCGGUGUAUCUGACUGCGCUCGGGAUUUUCGAAAUUGGGUCCUUGGUCUGUGGUGCAACACCCAGCUCGCUAGGAUUAAUCAUCGGACGAGCCAUUGCCGGCCUUGGUUCCUCCGGAAUCUACUUGGGUUCCAUGAUUAUACUUUCCCAAAGCGUGCCGCUGCAAAAGCGGCCACUAUGCACAUCGUUAGUCGGUGGUUUGUACGGAGUGGCCGGGGUGGCUGGGCCUCUAUUGGGCGGUGCUUUCACGGACUAUGUCUCUUGGAGAUGGUGCUUCUAUAUCAAUCCUCUAUUUGGCGCAGUCACAGCACUCUUCAUUUUAUUAUUCUUCGAUGCGAAGGAGCCAAUCAAUUCCCCUGGCAAGAUCAAAGAACAAAUUUCGCAGUUUGAUCUGGUCGGACUCUUCUUUUUCCUCCCAGGUAUGAUUAGCCUUUUGUUGGCGCUGCAGUGGGGAGGCCAACAAUAUAACUGGGGAAACGGGCGCAUUAUCGGACUUUUCGUGGCUUCUAUCUGUCUACUGUCGAUUUUCAUCGUGGUGCAGUGGCGAAAAAAGGAGAGAGCCACAGUAGUUCUUCGAAUGAUCAAAAACAAGAACGUCUGGGGCGCUUCCUUAUUUAACUUCGGUAUAACUGGUUCAUUUCUCGUCUUUUCCUACUACCUGCCUAUAUGGUUCCAAAGUAUUAAGGAUGUAUCUGCAACAAAAUCAGGCCUGAUGAACCUUCCAAUGCUCUUAGGGGUAAUUUUAUGCUCUAUUGUCUCAGGAUACGGGGUCAGCAAAAUAGGAUACUACACUCCAUUCAUGUAUUUUGCACCGAUUGUUUCUACUAUUGGUGCCGGACUGCUUUCAACCUUUGAGACCGAUUUUGGGCCAUCGCAAUGGAUAGGGUACCAAGCCCUUUAUGGAAUCGGAAUUGGAUUGGGGCUAUCACAACCCAUAGUGGUCAUCCAAGCGGCGAUUCCCCUUGUUGAAAUUCCCAGGUCAAUUGCAAUUGUCACAUUCAUGCAGUCGAUGGGGGGUUCUGUGUCAGUUUCGGUAGCGCAGAACAUCUUCCGAAACCAGCUCUUACGGGGAUUGGCCCGGAGUGCACCCAAUGUUGACGUUCACAAGUUGAUCACAGCUGGUCCUACUACGUUACGAAAUGUAGUCCCAGCAGAGCUGUUGGAGGGUGUGCUGGUGGCUUAUAAUUCCGCCAUCACCUAUGCGUUUUACGUCGGGGCCGCAUUUUCGGUACUCGCCAUGAUUGGAGCGCUGCCGAUUCAGUGGAUAUCUGUGAAGCGAAAAGAUUAA